AUGGAGAAGUAUACGCCUAAUUUGAAGGUCACUAAGGUGAUGUGGGAAUGUCCAAGCCCAGGAUGGGUUAAGGUAAAUAUAGAUGGAGCUUCUAGGGGUAAUCCAGGUAGAAGUUCUAUUGAGUUUGUAUUAAGAAAUGAAGAUGGAGAUAUAAUAUAUGCAUGUGGUAAGGAGAUUCAAGAGGGGACAAAUUAUGAAGCUGAAGCAAGAGCAAUGCUCGAAGCUUUAAGGUAUUGCAUUAAACAUGACUAUGUGCUGAUCGAUCUUCACACAGAUUCAAUGAUGCUUAAGAAAGUAGUAUCUAGAGAGUGGAAUGCUCCAUGGGCUAUUGCCAUUUAUGUGGAGGAGAUCAAGUAA